CUAAAGUCACACACGUUUCAAGCGAAAGGUAAUGAACAGUCUUAAAUGAACAAUAUAAUAAUGAGUGAGCGUUACUGAAUUUCGGGAUAGUAAAAUCAUAUUUCAUCUGAUGUAAAAAUUGUAAACACGUUUCUGUUAUAAGAUAUUCUUCAUUCAUUAUGAACGAUUCUACAAUAAAUUCAUUUACCAAAAAACAAUUAGGUGAAAGAAUAAAAGCUAGAAAAAAGAUGAGUAAGGCACAAAUACAAUUAGCAAUUAUUAAAAAAAAACAAUGCGAUGCUAGAGCUUUAAAGAUUGUUGAACAACUUUUGGAACCUAUUGUUGAAACACAGUGGCUCCUUCAAAAUUUGCAACAUAUCAAUAAAAGUCAUAUGGAAGAUGUAAUCGAAGAAAGAGCAAUAGUGAAAUUAUGUGGUUAUGUUCUUUGCAAAAAUCCUAUAACAGUAAUAAUUACUCAAAAAUUUCAUAUAUCUACAAAAAGAAACAAAGUUUAUGAUGUUACACGUAGAAAGAAUUUUUGUAGUUCAUAUUGUUAUGGAGCAUGUAAUUAUCUUCUUGAACAAAUGCUCACUAGUCCACUUUGGUUAAGAGAACAAGAGGAGAUACCAGUGUUUCAUUUAUUAUCUUCAAAUCUUCAGACAAAAAGAGAUAUGCUUGGAGAUGAAGUAUACGUAAAUGAUAUUCUAUCAGAAAAUGAUAAAGAAUAUAUAGAACCUGCUGAAACAUUUGAAGAAGCAGAAAGUCAGAUAUUAGACGAAGUAACAAAUGUUUACGAUAAAUUACCGAAAAGCAAUGAUAAAGUAUCAAAUAUUAUAUCAAACGAACAUACAGUUUUUGAAAAUACAUCUUCAGAAUAUUCCGUACCGAAAAGUGUACAAACAGAAGAUUUUAAAGUGCAUAAUAAUAAUUUGAAAAGUUAUCAAGAUACAAUAGGUAAUAUAAAAGCAUCUAAUUUAUCUACAAACACUAAGUAUUCUAAUGAAACUAAUGAAAACUUUAAUGAACAGACUGAAAUUAUUCAAAAAUGCUAUGAAGUACCUGUUUUGGCAAAAAAUUCUAAGACAUUGUUAGAUUGUGAGAAACAUGAAAAAAUAAUAGAAAAUACGUCUAAUAUACAAAUAGUUGAAAAGAAGUGCGAAGAAGAUAAGAAAAUUAACGAAUUUAUAAUAAUCAAACAAAAUAUCUUAGACAAAAAAGAAUAUCCUAUUGAAAAUGAAAAAGAUAAAUAUGAAAAUGUACAAAAAAUGAACAAUAAUAAAGUAACAAGAAAUGCAUCCACAAAAAAUAUAAGAAAAAAGAAAAUAUCUGAAGAUUCGGAACAAUCUUCUACCAAAUUUUAUGCAUUAACUAUGCGAGUUGAGAAGAGUGUUAAAGAAUGGAUUACAGAAGAUACUAUUUCUUUUUUACAAGGAGAUUCUGAUAUAAGAUUGCAAUUAAUGGAAAAUUUUAUUCAACAUGAAAGAUAUGUACAAUUAUGUAAAAAGUUAAAUAAGUUACAACUACAAGAUGAGAAAGAAGAUUGUAUAGAUUUAUCUAGUAAUACAUUAAAACCAUUACCUCAUUUUUCUAUAUUGCAAGAAGAAGCAGAUAAAAUUGAAUUAAAGGUGCAUGCGUUUUACGAAGGACGUAUGGUAAUAGAUCAACCUAAGAAAGUUGUAGAAAAUAAUGAAACAUGUACAUCAUAUCCUAUAUUACCUUUAAUAGAUGCACAUGCACCCAAGGCGUUACGUCGUAAGAUCUUUUUGGAUAAACUUCAUAAAAUAUUACCAGAUUUGUUACGCAUGUUAGCUGAUAGUACUCGGUGUUAUACAAUAAUGGAGUACAUAAAUGACAAUAGUAGUAAUACAUUAAUAAAAGGCUUAGUGAAUACGUUUUCAUUAUCUGCUUCAAAUAUAAUUUUCAAAACUGCUGAAUGGACUCUUGUAGGACUGAUAAUUAUUAAAAUGUUAAGUAUAAUGGAUCCACAAUUGAAAAUCUUAUUAGCAACAAAACAAGCAUCAAUAUAUAUAUCAAUGGUAUUAAUGUCAUAUAAAUUAGAUUCAUAUUAUUUAGAUAGGUUUAUAAUUGAAUUAACAAAUAAUCCAAAAAUAUUUGAAAUUAAAUAAACUUGAACUCGUUAUAGAAUUCAUCAUUUUAAAUUGAUUUGUUUUAUAGAAAGUUAGGGAUAAUUCCUAUUGAUUAAAAAUGAAAUAUUGAAGCU